AUGGUAGAUAAAUUGGACUAUAAUGAAAUCAAUCAGAUGGUCAAGGAAUACCUCAAGUUUCAUGGUCUUGAACAAACUCUAGAGCUUUUCUAAACAGAGGAGAGAACUAAGUAUUAUAACAACAAGGGUUCUAAAUCUCAUUAGCUUAAUAUAGUACCUUAGGACAUCGAUCACUUACAGAGAUUCCCAGGACUGUAUCACCUAUACACUGAAGAUAAAUUAGCAGAGGGUAAUGUUUCAAAAAAUGAAGAAGAAUAUAAAAUGCUCUCUAAGUAGCACAGUUCAGUACUAUAGAGUGCUAGACAGAUUUUCUCAAUUGCCAUUAAUUGUCUACAAUAAUUACAUAAUAUUAAGGAUGGCAAUAGUAUGACUGAAAACCUAGGCGAAACCAUUGAUAAUUACAAUAUCCAGCUUGGAAAAUACAACCAGAUUUUAUCAUCAGAGGGUAAAUGCGAUAGAUCAGAACUAUUCUCUGAGGCAGUCAUGAAUGAGCAUAAAACAAAGCUGAAUUAGGCCAAGUAGGAAAACAAUUAUAAAAGCAUUGUUGAAGUCUUACUAUCAUUAAGAGUAAAUGCCCUCUAAAUAUCACCUGAGUUGAGGAAAAACUUGGUAUAUGAACUAAUCAGAAAUGAUGUAUUUUUACUAACAGCUAGAACCAAGAAUUAAUUUUUAAUGGAAUUGCUAGAUAUAAAGCAUAAAGGACUUAGACAUUCAUUGCUAGCACUUAUUUCAGUUAUUGUAUCUACUUUGAAAGGGGUUGAGUAUUUAGUAACUAAUGACUAGCUGAUCAUUGCUAGAAUUAUUGAUAUCUUAAAGGAAUAAGAAGAUGGUAGUGUCAACUAAAGAUUUUGUGUUGCUAUACUCUAAAAGAUUUCAAUCAAAGAAGAUACAAUUGCUGUGUUCUUAGAGCAGGGAUUGAUUGAAUGGAUAUUAUCUCUAAUAGAGAGAUCGACUUCUAAAGAAGUUCAUAUAUUCUCCCUUGAUUUUUCCUCUGCCUUAUUAGCUAAUAUGCUGCAUGCAACUACAACUCAUGAAUAUCUAAUUAAAAAUGCUUCAAAAACUAAGAGCCUUAUGAUAAGAAUUCUUGAUCUUCUUAAGAAGAAAAUUCCAACUUCAGUUUUAAUGCAUCUACUCAUUUGCUUGAGUUACCUUAACAAAGAAAAGUUUUCUUAAUAAGCUGAGUAGUGUGGUUUCGCUGAUUGUAUCAGUGAAUUUGUAGAGUACUACUCUAAGAUCCCAGUAAUUGAAAACGAAAACGGGGAAAUUGAUAAAAGAACUGUUCUUGACCUUUGUGCUCAUAUGUUCCAUCCUAAAGAUGUGAGCAAUGAUCUGAGUCAAACUCUCGAAUAUAAUGAUAUGAAGCCUGAUGAUAAGAUUAGAGAGUUUGAAAACGAAUAGGGUGAUCUUAUAUUUGAAUGCUUUCAAGACGAAGAGAAAAUGUUUGAAUGA